AUAAGAACAUUCUUAGUUUAGGAAUGUAUUUAUUAAAGUUCACUUUAAAAAUAUAUGUUUGGCUUUCAAACUAUAUUUCACCUGGGAAGAAAAUAGUGCUAAACACAGUUUUGGAGUUAUUGACUUAGAGUUGUAAAUAAUUUUUGACUCGCUAAUAUUUUAUUUUAGUGUAUUUUGGCGUUAUUAUAAUAAAUUUAAACUUUCUUGUAAUUUAUGUCCAAACAUAAAGGAGCACUCAUAAUUUAGUAUCACGUGGCAUACCACAUAUGUAUGACCAUAUUUCACUGAUAAUUGAAAAUAUCGAUGAACUCUUCCAAGACGACAUACAUUGAAAUAGAGCUCUAAGUAUUAAUUUAAAAACAAGCUGUUUGAUAGUUACAAUAUUGAUCCUGUAGGCGGCGCCAAAGUGCGCCUCUACAAAGAGCUUCUCAAAAGAAGAAGACUACUUUAAUUUCUUUCAACUCCAACAUGGCCGCUGCCAGGAGGCUGAAACGCGUGGUGGCCUCGCAGCCAGGCUUUUUAAGUUUAAAGUCUUCGGAUCCCACAGGCGAGGUUGGUAGUCGAAGGAAGCGCUUUAACAAGAAUAAGAAAAAGAACUGGAACAAACACAGCGACAUUCAUGACGUCGAGGAUUUUUUAGACGACAUCAGGCAUCAGGAGAGGACCACCGGUGGCCUGUUGACUGAGAAGUCGGAUGACAGUUUAUUCUUUCUGGAUGUUGGGCAGCAACAAAAAGAUGAUCACAAAGUAUCAAAGCAGGUGGUAAGCAAGAAGAGGAAAGGGAAGUCGCAGCGUCCUCUCAGGAUCGACCUGAUCCUCCAGCAUAACUCGCUUGUCCCACCAGUUAAAGAUGUGCUCUCCUACCAGCAGCCCAAUGCAAAGAAACUUCGUUAUAAUGCCAAGAGGGUAGAGCAGCAGGCAGCCAAAGGCAUAGUGCCACGGAGGCAGAGAAUGCUCCUCAACAGACGGUCGUCGAAUGCAAGAGUAAAAAAGGCAGUGACAGAGGCCAACAACAACCCAAACAGAGACUAUUAUGACAUCUGGGGACAAGAGUCCAAAAGUUUAGCAGAUCCAUGGUACCUUCAGCAGACUGGCAAGAAGCUGGUCAAGCGGGCAGAUAAAUUGAACGAGAAGCCAUCUGUGCUACCUGCAGUGGAGGUGAUCGCUCCCGGAGGUUCCUACAAUCCAGACUUCUUCUCCCAUCAGGCUUUACUGCAAGAGGCCCACGAUGUGGAGGUUAAGAAACAGAAAGCGGAAACCAAAAUUGAGAGACAGCUGGCCAGCAACAAAGAAGAUCGAGCAACAGAGGACACUGUCUUUCAGGAGCAAGUACAAGGCCUGGUGGAGGAGAAUGAAGAUGACGAAGUGCCUCGUAUCGAGGAAGAAGAGGAGAAUGGGGUUGGAGGAGCCAUCGCACUAGCAGAGAAGAAGACUGAGAGACAAAGGAAGAGAGAAAAGGCAGAAAAAAUUAAGGAGCAACAACGGUUGGCUGAAAGACAUCAGACAGAAAAACGACAGCAGCUCUUCCAGCUUCGCUCUAUCAAAGCUGCCAUCAAACAGCAAGAAAAGAGAACCUGUGCAAGAUGGAAACAACGGAAGGCCAAGAUGGAGGCCCAGAAAGCUCAGCCCAGACGUCUUGGCAAACUCAAGUUUCAGGCUGAGGACCUUGAAAUCAAACUAAGUGAUGAGCUUACCAGUUCCCUACGACAACUAAAGCCAGAGGGCAGCAUCCUCAAGGACCGCUUUAAGAGUCUGCAGAAGAGGAACCUGAUUGAACCCAGAGAGCGAGCAAAGUUCAAGAGGAGGUACAAGCUGAAGUAUGUGGAGAAGAGAGCUUUUAGAGAGAUCACUUAAUGCCGCAGACCACAGAAGCAGAGCCUGAGAAAACGGGAGUGCUUUAAAAGCCACAAAUGCAACAUAAUUGAACCAUGUGUAUAUAGAACGUAAUGACUCUCUCUGACCUUUUCAGACAAUCCAACCAUUUUACACAAGUAUUAUGACAUUUAAUUGAUUAAAAAAAAAAAUGCGGCGUAUCAGUGUGA